CACUUUCUUCAUCCUCUCCUCCUCCAAAUCCCCUGAGCUUUGAGAGCGGAAGCGGAAGAGUCUACUACUUCCGCCUCUGCUGUCCUUCUCGAGAUUGGUUUCUCUUGACAGUUGCAGCGGCCGGUCUUUUCCUGCCUCCAUACACCCUUAACCUCUUCUUCAUGACCGGCGUGAAUCGGAUUUGACAGCUAAAAAAAAAAAAAAAACGUAAGAGGGAACCGUUGCCUCCUAUAAUUACGGAGAGGCCCGGUGCCUGCCAGGGGCAGGAAACGUCAAGUCUCCUAGGAUACCAACUGCAACUUGAGCCAUGUUUUGGAAGUUUGACUUGCACACAAGUUCGCACGUGGACACCUUACUUGAACGGGAUAACGUAACCCUUUUUGAACUGCUGGAAGAGGAAGAUGUGCUGCAGGAAUGCAAAGUAGUAAAUCGCAAGCUUGUAGAAUUCUUAGUCCAACCUCAACAUAUGGAAGAAUUGGUUACCUGUAUCACGCAGGAGCCAUCCAGUGACACAGAUGAGAAAAUGCGAUACAAAUAUCCAAGUGUAUCAUGUGAGAUUCUGACAGCAGACGUGUCUCAGAUUAAUGAUGCUUUAGGAGAAGAUGAAUCCUUACUGAAGCGACUUUAUGGCUUUUUGCAAACAGAAGAAAACUUGAAUCCUUUAUUAGCCAGUUUCUUCAGCAAGGUGAUGGGCAUUCUGAUAAACCGGAAGACAGAACAGAUAAUAGCUUUUCUUCGCAAGAAAGACGAUUUUGUAAGUUUGUUGUUGCAACACAUUGGUACAUCUGCAAUUAUGGAUUUGCUGUUGCGUCUUCUGACAUGUGUAGAACAACCUCAGCUAAGGCAGGAUGUAUUUAAUUGGCUCAAUGAAGAGAAAAUUGUACAAAGACUGAUUGAAAUGAUACAUCCUUUAAAGGAUGACAAUCAACAUUCCAAUGCUUCACAGUCAUUAUGUGAUAUCAUUCGUUUGAGCCGUGAGCAGAUGAUACAAAUCCAAGAUAGUCCUGAACCUGACCAGUUACUUGCUACUCUAGAAAAGCAGGAAACUAUUGAACAGCUUUUGAGCAAUAUGUUUGAAGGUGAACAUAAUGAAUCUGUAAUUGUUAAUGGUAUUCAAGUUCUUUUGACCCUGUUGGAACCACGUAGACCAAGGUCUGAACUUGGUGGCAUGAGUGGUUUCUAUUGUAAUAUUGAUGGCCAGCUCGAGAUCAGUACCACUGGUCUAGACACGUCUUCCAACACUCAAGCAAGCUUAGGCACCUUGCUUGCAAUUAAACAGUAUUUACGAGAGUUUCAUCAGCUGUUGAUUGAUCCACCCAAGAAAGAAAGUUUGCAGACCACCUGGGGAAUUCUUGACCCGCCACUAGGAAACACUCGUCUUCAUGUUGUGAAAUUGCUUGCUAGCACAAUAAACGCAAACAAUAAGACUUUAAAUCAAGAGCUGAUAGAACUGGAUACAGUGAAUACCAUGCUGGAUCUUUAUUUCAAAUACAUGUAUAAUAAUUUCCUGCAUUCACAAGUUGAGGUUUGCAUCACCACAAUUUUGAAUUCCGCUUCUAAUGAAGAAACAAAUGAAGGUGAAACACAGGAGAAUCCACUCAUUACAUAUCUUCUUCAAAAAUGUUGUCUCGUCGAGCGAAUACUUUCAGCAUGGGAAGAAAAUGAGAAAGAACAGUCCGGGGGUGGAAGGCGAAAGGGUUUUAUGGGACAUCUGACAAAAAUUGCUAAUGCACUGGUCCAAAGUUCUGAAAAAGGACCCAAUGUAUCCCUUAUUGGACAGUUGAUAAAAGAUUUUUCAGGAGAAGAGCAAGAGCAUUGGGAAAACUUCACUUCUGGAUCCCUUUCUGAUACAAAUAAGAAGAACACAGUAGAUCUUGUAAACACUCGCAACAUGCACUCUUCAAGUGAUGAUGAAGAGAAUGAUUUAAAAGAAUUCAGUUUUCCCCAGGAGGCUGUUCUCCAGCAGGCUUUUGUUGAUUAUCAGAUGCAGCAAAUGACAUCUGCUUUUAUUGAUCAUUUUGGAUUCAAUGACGAAGAAUUUGGAGAACAGGAGGAGAGUGUCAACGCUCACUUUCGACAGCUGAAGAGUGCCCCAUUUGACAAGACAGCCAACAUUACCUUUUCCCUCAAUGCAGACGAUGAAAGUCCAAAUUCCAACCUUUUUGAAAUCUGUUAUAAAGAGCGUAUCCAACAGUUUGAUGACAAUGAAGAUGAAGGCUCUGAUGGAGAGGAUAUCUGGCAAGAAAAAGAAAUUAGAUUUUCCUCAGGGACGAUGCAGAGUAGUGGGACAAGGAGCGGUGGUAGCACAGAUAGUGAAGACAGUAGAGAUUCUGAUGAAGAAGAGGAAGAUUCUGGUGGUGGUGAAAUAAAUAAUCCUGUCACUGAUUCCUUGCCAAAUACAACAGAAGGGUCUACUUGGACCUCUUCAGAUCCUUCAUCAACCUCUGCAGCAGACAUAGGGUCAUCAGUAUGGGAUGGUACCGAAACCAGCGCCAGUUCUGAAGAAGGCUGGGCAGUUUUCACAGACCAAAAUACACAAACAAGUCCCCAAGUACCUGUUCAUCAUGAAUCAACUUUAGUAUCCAAAUACAAUGCCACUCAGGAAGACCAUGAAAACCAUUCUUCUGCUGAUAAAAAUAAUUCCAGAACCUCAGAUAGUUUGGGCACCUCCCAGGAAAGUUCACAAGCCUCACAGAACCCUACAUUAGAAACAUGUACAAAAACAACAGAUUCAUCGGAUGGAAUAGAAAGCAGAGUAAUUUGGAACGGGGAAACGGAAGCGUUAUCAGAGCAAAGUGUGACAGCAAUACAAACCAGUGACAGAGUGGAAGAAAUACCAUCUACCUCUAAGACGGAUGAUUUAGGAGAAGCUAAACAGCAGAAUUUGGAGCUCUUAAAAGAUACUUUAGAUAGUAAUGGAAAAGAACAGCCGGAAAACAGGGAAACCAACACCUUGCACAGUAAUGUAGAAAAUCCAGCCCAGCUGCCUCCUCUCCCAGAAAGGCCAUCGGUUGAAUGUUCUCCAUCAACAGAUAUAAACUAAAUAAAGUUGUAUUUCCCUUCAGAAUCAUUUUACAUCAGAGAUUGGCUGCCCAUCCAAUGAUCUGUGUUGAAUCUCUAACAGAUUUCAAAACAGGACAAGGCCACACUUCUUCCUCCUUACAAAGGAGAUAAUGGGACAGUUCAACAGAGGAAAAAAUAUAUACGCACGAGGAGUCUUGAUACGAGGAGCAAAAGACAAAGAACUUUCUUAUAACAGUUAUAACAGUUGUUUGCACUGAGAUUGUCUGUCAAAAAUAUCUAGCACUAUAUAUAUAUAUAUAUAUAUAUAUAAUGUGUGUGUGUAUAUAUAUAUAUAUAUAUGUAUGUGUAUAUAUAUAUAUAUAUAUGUUUAUAUAUGUAUAUGUGUAUAUAUAUAUAAUAUAUAUAUAUAUAUAUAUAUAUAUAUAUAUAUAUAUAUAUAUAUAUAUAUAUAUAUUAAUAAAUCAAAGCUGCACCAAUUUAAUCAAACUAUUCUUUAAUGGAGCAACUCAUUAAAUGCCUCAUUAUGAAAGCACAAAGCAAACCAAAAUUAAAUUAGUUUGGUUAACAUUUUGUUGUUGCCCUAUUUAGACAUGGUGGUUUCCAUUCAGAGGUGCACCAUGCAGUGAUUGGCCAAAGGAGAUAAUUUCUUUACUGUAAUAUUGUUUCUGUUGGUCAUAAUUGAUUUGUUUUCCUCUUGUAUUUCAAUUAAGUAAAUCAGUAUGGAUGUUAAAAUGAAAAUAUAUUCAUUUACCUAAUCUCAAUCUGGAUGCUUGUACACUGAACCCUUAGCAGGACUAUCCUUAUUGACAUCCUUCGUCUUUAUUUUCAGAUAUCUAGAAUAGACUCUUCUGUAGCGUGAUUACCAAAAAAAUACCCUGAGAUUAGCAGUGCCUUAGUCAUCCAAUAAAUGUGACUCAUCAAAAUUUUAAAGAUUAACAUAACUAUAAACCCAUAUUAUAUAUUUAUUGUAUAUUAGAAGUGAUUCACAGAAAUGCUUGAGUCAAGCACUUAUUUUUUUUCCCUAUAGACAUUAUUUUUCUAUGGUCAUAAGACGUGAUUCCUCCAUGAUGGUUUUCUUUCUGCAUUAGAGUAUAUAAGUCAAGACAGGCAUAAGCAAAAGUGUUUUAAUGUGUUCACAUAUAAACAGAAUUAAAAAGUAUAUAUUGUUAAUGUAAUGGUUUUAUUUGGGGGUUGUAUAAAUGGAAUUAAAAAAUUGCGGUCACAACUUAAUUAGGUAAAAAUGUUUUUCCCCCCUAUGCAAUUGUAUCCAAAACAGUCAGAUUUUAGGUUUCUACAUUGAUUUAUAGUUUCAUCUGAGAUUAAAUGAAAGGACUACAAAGUGCUCAAAAUAAUUUUUGAAAGUCAAAUUUCCAAUGUCACCUUGAAGUUUAGUUUGAGUAGUUUAGAUUUUAUUUGCUAUGUGAUAGAAAAUUGGUGUCUGGUUGAGGAGAAAUGCUAAGAAAUAUUGAACUAACCAGUAUUUUAUCAUGCACUUAAAAGAGAGUCCACAACAUACAAAAACACACACAGCCAUAGACUUAAUUUAAAAGCUGCCUCUUAAUAAGGUUUUUUCGAGACCACUUUUUUUAAUCAACUUUUUUGUAGAUGUCAUUGGCAUCUUCUAGGAGUAAGGUAGAGAUUGAAAAUUUUCAUAUUUACAUUUUGCAUGCCAAAAACACUCAACCUCUUUGUAUACAUUAAAAUAUGCUCUGUAAAAUGUAUGAUAAAAACAUGGGAAUAUCAUCAUGUCUUUUUGUGAAGCCUGUACUAAUUCCCUGAUCAAAUUGGAAAGCAUAAGAACAUUGGAAGUAUCAUGUCCAUUUGUGUAGACGGUGUACAAAGUUCCCUGAUCAAAUUGGAAGGACUGUAUUUUCAUAUAAGGAAUAUUUAAUUGAAUGUUAUAUACUUCAGCUUUCCCUGUGCUGUUUUCCAGUCUGUGAAACCAAGUAUUUUUGUUCGCCUCAAAAAAAGCAAUAAUUUACAUAUAACAGGCAGGAAUAAUUAGAAGAUGUAUAUUUCUUUUUAUACUGGUGCUGUUCACUUAAAUUCUGCAGUUACAUUAUCUAAAUAGGAUGACCUAGAACUGGCAGUCACUAGAUCAAGUACACUUAAUGUGUUGCAAUAGAAAUAGCAACAUUCUUUAUUAAAAGUCUGCUGUGUUUAUAACCACCAUAUGUAUCUCUGUUUUAAUAGUAAAGCAAUAUUGAUCAUGGUGCUUGCUCUCUAGUUUAAAAACAAUGUACAGGGUUUUUUUUCCUUCUGUUUCAUCUCCUUUUGUUUAGUUUUUUUGGUUUUUUAUCUUCAGCAUUGUGUUCACAGAGAAAUUUAGUUUUAUGCUGCACUUUUGUAGUACCCUCACGGCAAACGCUGUUUUUGGCAACUUUCAGUUCUUCUUAGACUUGCAUAUCUAAACUUAUCAGACCGUAAAGAGAUGGUAAUAAGUGUAAAAAUGAUAAGAGAUGAAGAUUCCUGGCAUUUAUUGUUGUUAUCCUCUCUUUAUGAAGCUAAAAAUUAUUCAGAAACAUUGAGCUGUGAAUAUAGGAUAUAUUUUUUUUCUCAUUUUAAAUUCCUCUCAUUUGAUAUUGUUCAUUAAUUACUUUACACAUCCACCAUGAAAAGGAAAACACAUUACAUUUUACACUGGCGCUGUUAAAGUAGGACACAUUCCAUAUCACCAGUUUUUUAAAUGUGUUGGGUUUUUUUUAGGCUAAUUGCAGUAAACAUAAAUGUCAAUGCCAAUAUUGCUCCAAGCAACAAAAAUACAAUUCUGCACAGAUAUAAGCCGAAAACUCUGACUAAACUCAGGAGAAGAGGAGAAAAAUGUGUGCAAAAUCUACACAAUUUUUUUAAACAUUCUUUAAUCCCAGUUUUUUUAGGUGACAAUUGUCCUAAUCAGUGAAUAUAAAUAAUUAUAUAUCAUCUUUAAAUGUGCCUUUUACUGACCCUCUGAAGGUUAGUUGUUGCAGAUUUGUCUUUGUAGCUUCUUUUGUGAGGAAGAAGAUAAUGGUGCAGGGAGUAUUCUGCAACCUAAUGUCUGGUAUUUCUGUGAAUUAGUAAUGCAAUUUAGAAUACUUUAAAGGCUACUUAGCGGUAACAUAAGAAUGUUCGUUUGUUGUUGUUUUUUAAUGAAAAACAAAAUGUUAAAAAGAUUUCAAAUAUAUACAAUAAUUUAUAUAUUUCUUUGCAACUUUGAGAAUAUUUUAAAUGUGUCCUUUAUUUUUUUUCUUUGCUGGAAAGAAAAAUAAAUUAUACAUAUACUUGCUAA